UCUUAUUUAGGUCCACUUACCCUUCCAGCUCUAAAAGUGAAUGUGUCUACCACUAAUGGCAAUGCUUAUCCAGUUAAUGGCACCAUCGUGUCCCUCCAUUGUGACACUGGGGGCCAGAAUGUGGUUAAUUACACUUUUUACAAAGAUGGAGCGACUGCCUGCUCCCAGCCCCAUGUGACCUGCGACAAAGACUUCCUGUACUUCCAGCCAAUCAUGAUGAGAGACACCGGGACAUACACCUGUAAAAUAGAGAACCGUGUCAGCAGUAACACCAGCCAGCCGCUCAGUCUAACAGUCAUAGCACGUGUAUCUGGGGUGGCACUGAGCAGUAAUGCAUCUGGGCUGCUGUGUCCUGGGAAGGAUUCAGUGAGACUCACAUGUUCAGCUCUUGGCACUAAUGUCACCUUCUCCUGGCACCUGGAUGGGGCACCAUUACCCACAAACCCCAGGUAUCACUUAAUGAAUUCCAACUCCAGCCUCAUUAUCAGCCCUGUGGAGAGAACAGACAGUGGAUCCUUUACCUGCACUGCCUCUAACAGUGUGAAUAGUGAGACCAGCAGCCCCCUGACUCUCAACCUUGGCUGUUCCAACCAUCUCUCCCCUGGUGCAAUAGCCGGCAUUGUGAUCGCUGCCCUGUUUGUUGUAGCGCUGAUACCUCUCACCGUAAUCUUCAUUCUCUGCAAGAAGAACAAGAACAACACUUCAACUCCCACAAAUCCUGUAUAUGAUAAUACCGGUGCCCAAGCACCAAACACUUAUGACCGUAUCAUUACAGGAUCAACGGCCCCAGGAAUCCAGCUAUCAGGAACUUCAAUUCCCACAUACUGAUUUGUAUAAUAACUUCAGGAAAACUCACAGAUAAUCCAGUUUAUUCCCAGUGUUGGAGACAUAAGAUAAAGAGAGAUAAAUUCACUCCACUUGCUACUAAUGGAGCACACAAGCUGUGGGUCAGAAUAGAGACUUCUGUUUCUUGUCUUCUCAGCAGAACAAAACAAAAAUUAUUAUUAUUAUUAACAUUUAUUUAUAAAGCGCCAACAUAUUCCGCAGCGCUGUACA